GAUGUGAUUGGAAAUCUUGAAAAUUUUUUGGUUUUUGAGGUGAACUAAACAAGGCCUUGGAAAAAAGUGCCUUAAUCUUUUUGUUAGUUAGAGUACCUGCUGUAAGCUAAUACGGACACUUGUGGAAGCAAAACCAGUGGGCGGUGUGAUCUACAGCCUUCACGCAGACAUGGAGGCUGACGCUAACAACCAGCACAACAUGCAUAGGCAAAGCCACAAAAUUAUAGAACACGAUCAUCUUGAGUUUGACAAUUAUUCCAGUCACAUUUAAUAAUAAUCAUCUAAAUUUUUUAGUUGCAAACUGGCCGUAGCCCAAUUGACAACCGAUUCGCUUGUGUAUCAGUCGAAUCCGCCAGUUUUUUCUCUCGCAGCAAAAACAAAUCAGGCAAGAGUAAUUCUGCCAUGACUUAUCAUUUCACUGUCGCGAGGCUUCCCCUCCUGUCACCGCCGGCCGCUUCCGCUGCCCCUGUUCCGGAUGGAGAGCCAAUUUAGCGCCAGCAUCUCCACCGCCGGCGCCCCGUGAGUCACCCCCAUGGUCUCCAAGAAGCGAGGGCAACGGCAGGACGACCCCCAAGGACCAAGGCCGCCGCCGCCGCCGCCUCUGGUUCGCCGCUAAACUCUUGGGGGGUGGGCCUUUCCGCAACGAUCUGAGCAUGGAUCUUCAGAGUGAACCUUGAGAGCAUGAAUCUUCAGAGUGAACCCAAAGAACCCACCAGUUCGGAAUGCAUGGGAACCUGGAGCUGGGAGGCGAAGUCAACUAGAUGUUCGCCCCUCCACUGGCAACUUGCAGGCUAAUUAAUCCAUCUCACGAUCUAGAUCAGAUGCUAAUCUCGAUGCCCUUUCGUCCAUGCAGCGAGCUUGCCGGCCAUAGCACAGACAUGGCAGCCUUGUAAUCAAGCCCAAUGGGCAAUGCAAUUCUUAUUAGUUUUCUUCGGUGGCAGCGCUUGAGCAUGUAGUUGUUCACACAUGAGAAUGAUUCUCCCUGUCUGCUGGUUCAGCUCUGCAGUUGCAUUCACCUCCUUUGCUAUAUAAACAAGGAAGCCGAAGCCUGGAAGACACCAUUGCAACAGCUUGCCUUUGAUCUUUCUUCUUUCCCACUCCCAGAGGCUGCAGUGUUUCACAGCUUUCACUGAAUCCAAAGAUGGCAUACCACAUGAGAUCUGCGAGCCUGCCUUCGAGCCCUAGCAAGACAGAUGUUGAGGAACAGAUUCUGAGCCUCAAAGCUGCCAUCUCUCUGCCUUCAGCGACCAUCGAAACCAUGGUCGAUGGUCUGAGCAUGCUCGGGAGCAUCUACAUCCACAUAGAUGCACUCACAUGCCUGCCCAGCAGCCAGAGGAAAGCAGUGGAAGAGGAGCUUGAGCGCUCCCUCGUCCUACUCGACCUCUGCAGUGCCGAGCAAGAGAGCUUCGUGGAGCUCAAGUUCAUUGUCCAGGAGAUGCAGUUGGCUGUCAAAAGAGGAGACGACGCGGCUCUCCAGACCAGGGUUCAGUGCUAUGCGCGCUUGGUCAAGAAGGCACAGAAGCUGUUCAAGAAGGUCAACAAGAAGACUGCUUCUGCCAUCGAAGGAUGCAGGGUGAUCAACCUGGUUGCUGAAGCAAGGGAGAUUGCCGUGUCAAUCCUCGAAUCAACAUUUCAUCUCCUGUUGAAGCAAAUUGCGAUGCCAAGUUCUAGCAAGUGGUCACUUGUCUCCAAGACGUUCCAAAAGAAGAGAAUCAUAUGUGAGGCGGAGCAGUUGCAAGGGUUGGAGCUGGACAUUGUUGGUAUUGAAAGUGGAGUUGGGACUUUGUUCAGGACGUUGAUCCAGAGCAGAGUUUCUCUUCUGAAUACUCUUAGCUUGUAGACAGAUCAUACAACAAGUCAGCAACUCUGACACCCUGCGAUUAGCAUCCGCCUUUUAGAGGAUUUGCUGAUCAUACAAACAAUUUUGUAUGUACAAAUAUAUAUAUGUAAGGAAGUGUACAGAAAAUUACUCAAAUGAGAGGCAAAGUUUUUGUUCCAUUUCCUGU